CAAGCACUCAUUCUCCAGCACAACAGAUCUUCUUGCACCUCUCGCACCUCUUCAAAUUCACAAUGUUGCUCACAAACCUCGUUGCCACCCUGGCCCUGUCCAGCGCCGCUGCUGCCCAAACUCUGAACAUCCCCACGCGUGUCGGCUCCAUCGUAUCUCUUGCUUCUCCCAGUGUCAUCUCCGGCUCCAAGGACAUGGGAAACAGGGAAUACGACCGUGGCCGUCCCUGCGACUCUGAUGACGACACUGGCAGCGACAGUGCUGUGUUUAUUUUGGAGAACGGUGCAACCCUGAGCAACGUGAUCAUUGGCAAAAACCAGCUUGAGGGCAUCCACUGCAAGGGUUCCUGCACCCUUAAGAAUGUCUGGUUCAGGGAUGUCUGUGAGGACGCCAUCUCCGCCCUCGGAAAUGGCAACGUCCUCAUCCAAGGCGGCGGCGCCCAGGAAGCCAAGGACAAGGUCGUCCAGCACAAUGGCCGCGGCACCGUGACAAUCAAGGACUUCACCGUCGUCAACGCGGGCAAGCUCUACCGGGCGUGUGGAAACUGCAGCAACAACGGCGGUCCUCGCAAUGUCGUCAUCCAGAACGUCAAGGCCAAGGGCGUCUCUGAACUCGUCGGAAUCAACUCAAACUUCGGUGAUACCGCGAAUAUCUCGGGAUCUUGCGGCUCGAGUGUGAAGAAGGUCUGCCAGGAGUACAAGGGUGUUCAGAAGGGCAGUGAGAGUUCCAAGGUUAGCACUACGUCUAGCUGCAAAGGGCAGACGAGCUUUUCCAGCUGCUAGACUUGCCCGUUCGACCGGCUGCGACGAUAAUACGCGAUGAUUCACUUCUUCAGCGUAGUGCUUCGCUGAGAUGGGGAGGGGAUGAGGACGAGGUGCUACGAUUACCUGGAACGGUUUAGCUUGCCUGUUCGGGGGAGCUCCUCUCAGUGAUAAGGAGCCUGAAUGAUUUUGCCUAAUUGUAUCUACAAAAAGCGCUUGAUAAUUGGACACUUCCUAUGCUAUCGGUUG